UAUACGUCACGUCCGUAGUAAAUGUUUGCCAUGUUUUGCUUCUGUUGCAUCUCAGGUUAGUUUCAACUUCAGCCAACACCAGUUUAUCUCAGUUAUUUACUGCCGUCAUGUCUCGAGGGUCCAGUGCGGGGUUUGACCGCCACAUUACCAUCUUCUCUCCCGAGGGAAGGCUUUACCAAGUCGAGUAUGCUUUCAAGGCCAUCAACCAGGGAGGACUGACGUCCGUAGCGGUCAGAGGGAAGGACUGUGUUGUUGUUGUCACACAAAAGAAAGUCCCAGACAAGCUGUUGGAUGCUUCUACAGUCACACAUCUGUUUAGAAUUACAGAGAACAUUGGCUGUGUUAUGACCGGUAUGACUGCUGAUAGCAAGUCUCAGGUGCAGAGGGCUCGGUAUGAAGCAGCUAACUGGAUGUAUAAGUAUGGAUAUGAAAUCCCUGUGGAUAUGCUGUGCAAGCGCAUGGCAGAUAUCUCCCAAGUCUACACCCAAAAUGCUGAGAUGAGACCGCUAGGAUGCUGUAUGAUAGUGAUUGGCCUGGAUGAAGAGUUGGGUCCACAGCUAUACAAGUGCGAUCCAGCUGGCUACUACUGUGGCUUUAAGGCCACUGCGGCAGGAGUCAAACAGACUGAGGCCACCAGCUUCCUGGAGAAGAAAGUCAAGAAGAAGUUGGACUGGACCUAUGAGCAGACUAUAGAGACGGCUAUCUCAUGCCUAUCAACUGUUCUGUCCAUUGACUUCAAGCCUUCAGAGCUUGAGGUGGGAGUCAUCACUACACAGGAGUCUAGAUUCAAGAUUCUCACAGAGGCUGAGAUCGAUGCUCAUCUUGUGGCUUUAUCUGAGAGAGAAUAAGAAAUUUGAAGAGGAUCGUGUACAGUAACCCAUGAAAAAGUUUCAUCAAGAAGAAAGAUUUAGGAGUUAGUAUUGUCUCGUUCAGAAGAGAUGAAACCAAAACAAGAAGAUGAACAAUGAUGAACAUUUUGGCCAUUUUACCAGGCGACUCUGGCUCUUACCCCUCCUCCACCUUCUAUUGUCAUAGCCGGGAUCUGACUGGAUGCUAUUGUCCCAAUAUAACCCCCUUUUUUCUUGUUUCCAAACUGAGAGAGAAGUUGGACAUUCAAAUAAACAAUAUGAACAUGCAGCUACAGUUCUGGUGCACCCUACAAAUGGAGCUGGACUACAGCACAGUAUCUCUUUAUACCUCUUUCUCAGCUAGGACUCACUAGUCCUGCGGCUUCUUGAGUCACUGUAUUUCCACAGUGCUUCCAAUCUUUACUCAGGGCUGCCACGUGUUUCUUUCUCUCUCUCUCAUGUUUUUUUGUCUGCUUUCAAGUCUCCUCUCUCAUGUCUUUUGUAGAGAGUGAUGUUUUGCUCUGAUGUACUUUCUGAUAAUCCAAUGAUCAAAUUUUCCAGUGCCAGUUAUCACUGUCACUGUCAUUCUUGUGUGGAAGUCAGCUCAGGUCAAAAUCAAUAAGGAGUCUAUUUUUUUUUUUUUUUGUUCUCUCUCUGUCCGGGUUUUGAUCCUCCUUUCCUCAUCAGCAGCUGCUGUACAUAACUGCACUUCUAUUAAACAACGUUUUUAUUGAAAA